ACCACAGUCUCUUAAGGUUUUUAGUAAAAAAACAUAAGCUUAAGGACUACAAAUGGGGCCCAUCAUAUAAUCGAGAAAGCUUGUCUGAAUAUGGUCCUGACCAUAGAAGAAACUACGAUUAAAAUUAAUUAAAAUGGCAGAAAAAGCGGCUCAUCAUACUACAACUAUUGUUGGUCGUCCAACAAUUUUUGAAGCGAUUGCACAGGAAAAUCUAUCCGCUACGGGCUAUCCAGCAAUAAAAAAAAUUAUUAAUUAUAUUGUUCUUAAAAAUCCUGAUCAAUUAAAAUGGCUAAUUCAGUAUUUUGAUGAAGUGUUUCUAGCAAUAAAUUCCAUAUGUCAAUAUCAUUAUUUGAAGAAAUAUGGAGGAACAUUUUCAGAAAAUUUCUAUAACCUAACCAGAUUUUCUCAUACAAACAAUUUUAAACUAACUGAUAAUCAAUUGUACAUUAGUUUAGUAUUAGUCGUUGGUGUGCCUUAUUUACGAAAUAAAUGUAAUAUUUAUGUUGAACAAUUACAAGAGAAAUAUAAAUUGCAGUUUAAAGAGAAAUUAUUUAUAAAAUUAUAUAAGAUAGUAUAUACAUGUUGGGAAGCACUAUGUCUAAUAUAUUACAUUAAAUAUAUAAAUGGAUCUAGUCAAUCACAUUCUCCAUUAUUAGAUAUGGCUGGAAUGAUUUUAAGUUAUAAACCUAUUGAACCUACAAAUAAUGAACCUCUUGCUCAAUUAAGUGUUAAAGAAUAUUUUAAGAACUAUUUAUUCUAUGGAUUAACUCAUUCAUUGGAACUGGGUGCAUUUUUAAUGCAGUUUUUGAAUUUAUGGCAUUCAGAAAAUUUACAGUCAAAAUUUAUUGCUUAUCCAAUACCUAAUCCUCCAAAGGAAAUUGAUAAGUAUAAUUCACUCAGAAAAACUAAUAAAUGUCCGAUAUGUAUUAAUGAAAGAAAAAUGCCAACUGCACUUUCUGUAUCAGGGUUUGUUUUUUGUUACAAGUGUUUACAUAAAUCACUUAUGAUAGAAUCUAGAUGUCCAAUUACUAAAUUACCAGCAACAAUGCAAGAUAUGAUAAGAAUUUAUUCGGAUACUUAAUUUAUACGGCACAGUUGGUGAUUAUAUUAAUACUUUUUUUAGAUUCCAUGAUUUUUUUUUAUUUAUUUGUAAAAAAAAAAAGUUAUUAACUUAUUAUUAAUGUUUGAUGUAUACCAAUUUAAAAUAAAUAUUGGUGAAAUUUUUGUUACAUGUUACUUGCCCGUUGAAAAUGUAAACCUAUUAAUUGUUGAAGUAAAUAUUAUUCAUAUUCUCAUGUAUAGUGUUAUU